AAUUCAACAUGACACGAUCAUCAGGACUGGCCAAUUUGGAUCCAGUAUAUAAAUAUGGCUACACUACAGCAUCCAAACGUUUUGACAAAAUGUUCGUCAACGACGAUAAUGUUUGCAAUAAACAGCCACCAUCAUCCUUGGCCAGCCAAAAUAUCGACAAUGGCCAUUGGGAUGCAAACAACAAUGCAGUUGAUUCUUCUAAAUCCAAUACCCAAGUGAUAGUCGUAUGGCGUAACGUUUUCAUCAUGAUCUUUUUUCACGUGUUUGCCAUAUAUGCAUUUAUUUCGACCAAGACCAAAUUUCAGACAAUUUGGUGGGCAUGGACUGUCGGUCAAUUCAGUUCGAUCGGUGUUUUGGCCGGUGCUCACCGAUUAUGGUCACAUCGAUCAUACAAAGCCAAAUGGCCUUUGCGUCUAGUUCUGAUGGUGUCACAGACAACAGCAUUGCAAAACGAUCUCUACGAAUGGGUUCGCGAUCAUCGAGUUCAUCACAAAUAUUCGGAAACGGAUGCUGACCCACACAAUUCUCGUCGAGGCUUUUUUUUCGCCCAUAUGGGCUGGCUACUAUGCCGUAAACAUCCCGAAGUGAAAACAAAAGGUGCUCUCGUGGACAUGUCGGACGUAUGGGCAGAUCCGAUUGUUCGAUUCCAGCGUCGAUUCUAUAUGCCGUUAGUCUUAUUGUUUUGGGGAUUCAUACCUGUCAUUGUACCCAUUUAUUGCUGGCAGGAAGAUAUAUUUAUUGCGCUGUCUUUGAACCUGUUCCGUUAUUUGGCCUCCUUACAUCAUACCUGGUUGGUUAAUUCAGCUGCUCACAUCUAUGGCAAUAGGUUUUAUGACCGCAAGAUUCGGCCUCGAGAAAACAAAUUGGUCGCUUAUCUAACGCAUGGUGAGGGCUACCACAACUAUCAUCAUGUCUUCCCUUGGGAUUAUUCAGCUAGCGAAUAUGGUUGGCUUCACAAUUACAACAUGACCACAUUAUUCAUCGAUUGUUGCGCCUGGUUCGGUUUGGCAUAUGAUCGACGUAUCGUUACGAAAUCGGUUAUCGAGGAUAGAAUUAGUCGUACAGGUGAACCACUUGGACAACUCGACGCCGAACAGCAACAACGUAAACCUCGAUCAGCGAUCAUAGACACUGCAGUUGGCUUGGCUUUGGCGUUUUGGGCGGUUAUUUUACAAUUUUCAAUUCAAUAUCUACGUUGUUGUUGAUCAU